AUGGCGAUUUGUGGUCAUCCAACGUUUUGUGGGACAAGAAUGGCGACUUAUGUGCAAUCAUUGAUUGGCAGCAGUUUAAAUGCUGAAAUUCGCAGAAAAAAUUGGCGAGAACUGCUCAAAUAUUAUUAUUCAAGCGUCAAUGAUAAAUUAGAUGGAGAAAACAAGAUUGAUUAUGAUCAAUUGGAAUUGAGCUUUAUACGACUGCUUCCAUUUCAAAUGAUAUUAUUAUUGCCAACACUUGGACCAAUGGUACUUAAUCCAUUAAAAAAGACGCAUCCAGAAGAAUACGAACUGGGCCGAAGAACAAUGAUUGAAAAGGCAGUCGCACUUAUCGAUGAUUUACUUUUUUAUUACGAAUUGAACAAAGAAUCUGUUGAUACGGUAGUCUCAUUGUUUUUAGAGAUUUUCGUUUCAGUUGAAUCGAAUUUUUAUUAUCGUAUGGAUUUGAACUGGACAGAAUCGUCGUGCGGUUCGAAUCGGAAGAAGUCAGACGAUAAUUUCGAUACGGCAAUAGAUUAUAUAUAUAGAUUAUGUACCUGUAAUAAUAAAAGGCUUAUUGAUAUUGGCAACGCUUUUAUUGAAAAAUGUCAUGAAACAAAUUUAUCUCUUGUAACAUUGGGUUCAGCAAUAUUGACGGGAUUUCGAGAACUAAUUGGUCAUGAAAAUAUAACAGAGAGGAUUGUUUUAUAUUUCUUCUUGUAUAGAAUCACCGAUAUUGAAAAUCCAAUUGAUCGAAGUAAAUCGCUGCCCAAACAGUUAACUGAAGAUGCUUUGCAACAUCCAUAUCUUGCUUUUUUUCUUUACCUUUUUGAUUUUGAUAUUGUCGGUAGCAAUUCUUCGUUUCACGAUUUCGAUCAACAUUUUCCACAUUUUACGGUAGCAUCUCAAGAGAAAAUGUUUAUCAGCUUCUUAUUGACGGGUCAUUAUAAUGAUGUUUGUCAUAAAACGCCAUCUGAGAUCAUAACACAUAUCGUCGAAUACAAUGAUCCACGAACUAACAUGUUAUUUGACUUGUCGCGACAUAAAGCAAGUUUGCGAAUAAGCCAAACUAUGUAUCCCGCCAUGGCCAAAAAAAUUUUCCCUGCCAUAUUUCCAGUUGCUGAUUGUUCGAAAUCCCUUUCAUUAUUUAAUAUUGCAAAUGUGGUGUCUGAUUUCAAUAAGGUAUUGCCCAAUAUUCUUACAUUACCAGCUCCUUUUCUUCGAAUUUCUCCAACCUUAAUGCCUCCAUCAGAUGAUGAGUUUCAAUUUCUUUAUCCGUUUUUGUUGGAACCUUUAUGGAUAAGAGAUGAGAAAUCGAAUUCUGUAGUUGCUGAACAAUCAGAUCAAUUUUCAAUUUCUGAUAGUAUCCAGUUUGAUAGUCUGAAAGAAAUGGUAAACAAUACAGAAGUUGAAUCACUAGCACCAGAACUAAAACAAAGGUUAAUAAAUUCAUUGCCUUCAACUCCUGAAUUAUCGACACCUAAUUCCUGCGAUGAGAAAAUAGAAAAAUCAACUUCUUCAUUUUCUGUUUGUUCACUUCCCAAUUUGUUUCUUGCGAGUAAUUCUUCUAUCAGAUAUCCUUCAGAGACUGAUCACAUUAAUAUGGAGAAAAAGUCACUUUUAAAUUAUGAAAUGGCGAUCGAAUUACUUAAAAAAGCAUUAGGAACUGUAAUAGCCCGAACAGAUGCACAGAAACUGGCUGAUGCAAUUGCAGCUGAUCCGACAAUUGCGGACAUUGUUGAUAUUCCAUUUGAAAAAUUUCCUAAAUUCAUUGAUGACAACCCAACUGUUGCAGCAGCAGUUAUUGUUGGUAGAAUAACCAAAAAUUCUAAUGAACUUCCAUUAUUUUUUGAAUUGCUCAUUAAAAUGAAUGUAUCGGUGCAGGCUAUGGAAGUAGUGAAUAAAUUAUGUACGCAAAUUGAUUUUCCACAAGAUUACCUCAAUCGUUACAUCUCAAAUUGCGUGCAGCGUUGUGAAGACCCAAAUCAGUCUGGUUUUCCACAGAGUCGACAAGUUCGUAUGGUCUGUGUAUUUUUGUCGUCAUUAUUGCGUAAUAGAACAUGGGAUGUACAUCCUCUGUCUGCAGAACUUCAAAGUUUCGGAUUGAAAUUCAGUCAUGUUAAAGAAGCUGCCUCUCUUUACCAGGAAAUUAUUGGUGCACCUCAAUUAAAUGAUGCGAAUAUUGCCAAUGAAACAACUGGUAUCGGCAAUGAACAAUAG